AUGGAACAAGAAAAAAAGGCACUAUUGCUUGUUAAUUUUCUUGGAUUUAUCCUUUUAUCUUGGAAAUAUCAUUUUAACAGUGAUAACAUGUUUAGCAUAACCUUGGAUGAGGGCUGCAAGCUUAAGAAAAAAUUAGAAACUAGAAAUUGUCGAUUGUUAGGAAAACAUGAACACCUUAAGGACUCAAAUGUUGUAAAUAUAAAUAAAGGGAUAGAAUAUAUUGGUUUGAACAACAUAAAAGAUAUACAUAAUAAUGAGGAAAGAAUAAAAAAAAAAAAGAAACAACCAAAUGGAAGUUCACCAAGGUGUACUAGAGGCUAUAAAAAAGAUACGAAGAAUAAAACAUGUACAUUUAAUGCUAAAAAAUAUUCCCAUAUGGAAAAGAAAAUAUUCAAGGAACUUGAUUACGAAGAUUUUCUUAAAAACAACAGAACAAUCAGUGAUAAGUUGUACAAAAAAAUAAUACUUAAAAAAUGCAGAUUACGACUUGCUUUACCUUUAUUAUUGUUUUUGUUGUUAUCAUUAGGACUUAUAUUAGAUUUUUCUUUUAAUUGUGGGCUUACGAGGGGGUUAUAUAAGUUAUUGAGUUAUUCAUUAAGUUCGCAAGAGAUGAUGAAAUUUCACAAUUAUUUGAAAUCCAAUGUAAGUUCAUUUUUCAAGUAUAGUGUACCAAAAGACAAUAGUAGUACUACAGAUUUUUAUAUAACACCUUUUUUUGAUUUUCUAAUAUAUUGUGUAGUCUUCUUUAUAUUGGGUAUCAGCAUUAUAUCAGGAAUUAUUUAUUACCAUAAAAAAGUUAUAAAAUAUGAAAAAAUUAAAUUUAGGAAAAGGUAA